UAAGAAAUCAAGUGAUAAUAAGUGAAAGAAAUGAAAGAAUCUAGUGCAGUAUCUAUAACGGACGAUAAAAAAAGUGAGGAUAGAGCUAAUGAUAAGAAAAUUCCAUGUGAUGAUGAUGAAACCAAAUCGAAAUCAAUUGCUAUUACUAGUGAUAACAUUUCAAAUAAAACAAUCGUAUCUGACCAAAGCCUCUCGAAAUCUGAUUGUGCACCGCAAGAAGAGAAUUCAAAGCGAGAGUUAGUAAAAGAUAGGAAAUCAUGGAAAGCUAUGAAAUCGAAAAACGAGAAACCUGAAAGUACAAAAACAACUGGCAUAAAGCUAGAAUUAGUUAAGGAUUGGAAAUUGCUAGACAGUAUCACGAAAGACAGUAUUUACGUUCCAAAACCUGCCAAAGAACAAUCUGCCACUGCAACAAACGACAACGUCACACCAGAAAACCAUUGUGAUAUCAUAGAUAGAAUUAUAUCUUCUGUGGGUGCUCAUGUGUUCAAUAAGACGGAGGCCGAAAUCAUUCAAUCCACACCGAAAGAGCCGAUCCAACAGAAAGCUAUCGAAAGUAAGAUCAUCCACAUCUUUGAAUAUAAUAAGCAGCCUACAGUGUGUACCGAUGAGAUAAUAUCAUUAUUCACGAAUUUCACCAAAAGGCUUGCAGUGAACAAGGCAUUGGACUUCAAGCAAGCCGUCAAACCGUAUUUCAAUAUCACGAGGAAGGCUAAUGCUGAACUUUUCAAGCUGCUUGACUCGUGA